GGAAAUCUAAAAUAUGUUGCAGCUUAGCUAUUCAAAAGGUCAACAAGUUACUACCAAAAUCUGAAACUUUCUGCUGACCUCGAACACUUUUAUUGGCUUGAAUUCACAACUUAAUUAACUAAAAUUCUAAUUCUCAAAACGCAAAACUGUAGCGAGCGGGGUCACUGCGCAUCUUUUUACAUUUCUCUGUUCGCUUCCUUUUUUCUUUAUACUCUUUUCUCCAAAGCUUAAUUCAGAGAAGCAAAAAUCAGUCUAUUGCUUAGAUAAUGAUUUUAAGCUUCUUUUACUGACAUAGAAUCCAUUUAAAUCCAAAAAUCUUAUCCACACCACUGUCGUCAUGAUGAAUAAGCUGAGUGAGAAUACAGGUCCAGUACCUGAAUUUAUACAGAAAUUGUUUGGAAUGCUUGCAAAUGAUCGUUUGCAAGAUAUUUUGUCUUGGGGUAUUGAUGGCACGACCUUCAUAGUCAAAGAUACAAACUUGUUUUCAAAGACAAUAUUACCAAAGCAUUUUAAACAUGGCAAUUUUGCAAGCUUUGUACGCCAACUGAACAAAUAUGAUUUUCAUAAAAUACGCCAUAAUGAGGAUGAAGUCAGACUCUAUGGAGAUCAGGCUUGGGAAUUCGUGCAUCCACAAUUUCUGAGAGGCCGGAAAGACCUCUUGCCUCACAUCAAAAGGAAAACAUCCAACUACAAGCCCAAGAAACUUCAAAGAGAGUCCUCCUUCGCAUUCAAUCAGCAACAGUUCCAACAACAAGAAGGCCAUGCUAAAACUUUAGAGGAGAUUCGGGAUGUUGGACUUCACUUACAGCGUCAAAUAGAUCAACUCUGUCAAUCAAGACGAGUUAUUGAAGAAAGAAUACUAGAAAUGGAACAGAAUGAUUCUCAAAUAAUGUCGGAAUUAUCCAACUUAAAUACAAGUUUAAAGCAGAAGGAUGACCUAAUCAAGGAAUUUGUUGAUUUGAUGAAAAGUAGCAGGAGCCGUCUUUAUCAUCAGACCGCCGGUACUCACUGUAAUGACCAGGAAUUGCAGAAGGAUUUCAACCAAUUGCUCGAAAAGUUCCAUAAUAUAUAUAGCAUGGAAAGCAGCAGCAGUAAUAGUAACAAGCGUAUUGAUCAAAACUUCAAUGAGCAACAGAGAACAGGGUUAGGGAAACCUUUGCAUAAAUCCCUCCGGAGAGUUCAAACUCAAAAGCCAUCCUCUAUCCCAAUGGAAUCUGAUACGAUAACAGCAGCGGCAGCGGCAGCCAAUAUGAAUGCUGGAAGUCUAAUAGGAUCACCCGUGAAAACAGCCGAUGGUCUUGCCUUUGUGACUCUGGGAAGAUUAUCUGCCAACAUGGCAGUAAGAGACAAUAAGCCAGCUAUUGAGAUCAUGGCUGCGGAUCAAACACCCACCAUUGCAAGCUCAACAAAAUCCACUACUUCAACAAGCUAUGUCAACGGCAGAAUACAGGGUUUGAAACGUAAACAACCUGACGACACUGUUAAGACAACAGAAGCAACAACAUCAUUAACAACAAAAGUUGACUGCACCUCACCUUUUACUCCAACUACUGCUGCAGGUGAUCUUACAUCAUCAAAUAAUGGCUGGACAGUGCCUCCUCGUAUUUUAUUAGUAGAUGAUGAUUCAGUUUACCGAGACCUUAGUGGAAAAUUACUGAAGGUUUUUGGCUGUACGAUCGAUUUGGCCAAAGAUGGAACUGAAGCUUUAAAAAAGAUGGGAUUGGAAAAGUAUGACUUAAUCCUAAUGGAUAUUGUUAUGCCCAAGAUGGAUGGUAUCUCUGCUACUCGUAAUAUUCGACAGUACGAUGCGCUAACGCCCAUCAUAUCAAUGACAUCCAAUUUCAGCCAUAAUGAUAUUCUGCAAUAUAUUGGUAGUGGCAUGACAGAUAUUUUGCCAAAACCGUUUUCCAAACGUACACUUUUCCAAAUGUUGGAUAAAUAUUGUGCUCACUUGAAAGCUAUACAGCAAGUGCAUGGCAUUGAUAUUACGCUUGCCCAUGCAGCUGCCUUGCCGCCCGUCGCAUUGGACGACAUUUCAUCCGUUUUUUUUAUAGAUAAUACGACAGCAACAACAGCAAACAAUAAAAGGGAAGACAACGAUGGACAUUUUCCUGUAAAAACUCCAAAAGAUCAUGACGAUAAGACAGGCAGCAGCCAUAACGUAAGUGCUGGCACAACGUCAACUGCUACUACCGCAAACACCAUCAACAACGCCAUAACCACCACGACAAAUGUAUUCCCAUUAGCGCCGUACCCUUAUCCUGUGACAAUGAAUUCAGUUUCAGCAGAUGAUGGUUUGAACACAAGUAGUAAUAGUAUGCAUGAUAAGAAGGAAGCCAUUCCAAAUGGCCAUGUCUAUUUUGAUAUGCCCAAGGUUACAUUUUGGCCGCAACAAACAGCUCAACAACAUCACCCUCCGCCUGCUAUCGUUCCUACCACGGCAGGUAAAUUUCAAUGGGCUGUGCCCACCACUGUCAAUGAAAUUCAAAGCGGUGCAUUUCCAGUUGGUCCACCGUCCAACCCUAAAUUGGCUAAUGAAUCAAAUAAAAAGCCAAAGUUAUUAUAAGAAACUCCCAAUCAUGAAUUAUUUUUGUACAUAGACAUCCACAUGCACGUAGAUUUUGUAUCUUCGUGAAUAAAAAAGUACCUUCCAGGA